UGGAACAAAUUCUGGAUCAUCUGAAACUGAGGUCAGUGAGGAUGAAGAUGCCAGUUAUGAUGAUUAUCAGAAGUCUUUGUCAGAUUCUGGAUCUGAAAUCGGAGACAGGGGCAGUGGUUGUCAGAUGAGCAAGGCACCAACGGCAAGUGAAAAAAGCGAUAUAACAUGUAAUGCUGUCAAAAUAGUCUUCAGCUGCUUUGAAUGUGGAAAAGAAUUUCUUUCUAAGUGGUCUCUCCAAAGACACAUGAGAAGUCAUCCAGUAAACAGGUCAUCCAGGUGUCUGACAAAGAAUGAGUGUUUGAAAGUGAGUCAAAAAUUAGAUCCAAAGAUGAGAGCCCACACAGGAGAGAAACCAUUUGGUUGUGAUGUUUGUGGUAAAAGGUUUACAAAGCAUUUUCAUCUUAAACGACACAUGAGAGUCCACACAGGAGAGAAGCCAUUUGGUUGUGAUGUUUGUGGUAAAAGGUUUACAAUACAUUGUAAUCUUAAACAACACAUGAGAGUCCACACAGGAGAGAAGCCAUUUGGUUGUGAAGUUUGUGGUAAAAGGUAUAAGCAGCAUUGCGAUCUUAAAACACACAUGAGAGUCCACACAGGAGAGAAGCCAUUUGGUUGUAGUGUUUGUGGUAAAAGGUAUAAGCAGCAUAGCCAUCUUAAAGGACACUUGAGAGUCCACACAGGAGAGAAGCCAUUUCGUUGUGAUGUUUGUGGUAAAAGGUAUAAGCAGCAUUGUAAUCUUAAAAGACACAUGAGAGUCCACACAGGAGAGAAGCCAUUUGGUUGUGAAGUUUGUGGUAAAAGGUUUACAAUACAUUGUAAUCUUAAAACACACAAGAGAGUCCACACAGGAGAGAAACCAUUUAUCUGUGAACCUCUGGGUUAA